UGUAUAUAACCAAUGUAAUAAGAGUCUGUAUCGUCACAUGCUUGUUGGUAUUUAGGUGUCUGUUGUGUUUGAACAAAAUCUGAUCAGCACGAACUAUAGCUAUGGAGAAAUUGUUACUUGUUUUUAGUCUUGCAGUUAUUAUUGGCCAAGCGUAUUCGUGUUGUAUGCCACAAAAGCUGGAGGGAAAAAUUGGGAUGUCAAUUGGAUUGAAAAAUAAUGGAACUCCGUUGGCACUCACGGCAUUUUAUGACAAGUGGGCAAUGGAUACUUCUAUAGGAAAAGGCUACCUUUCUGGAACACUCUACUACGGGCAAUAUCCAGUUCAACAAGAGGUUUUUCAGGAUUACAAUCAGGGAAAACAAUAUGAGCUUUCAUAUGGAAGGUGCACUGUCAGCCCAUUACUAUUUGACAUUAAACCCAUAGGAGGAAAGUUGUGUAUGCCUCCUUCUGCUAAAAUGAUGACGAGCUAUAAAGGUUUACUAAAUGACACGGUUGAUUUUGACAUGUAUCUGAUUCAAUUUCCUGGUGGCCAAAUGACCAUGUCAUUGACGACAAAAGACUGCGCCCCAUUAUCUGAAAAUAUCCUUACACCAGAAGGUGUCUUUAGCUUGGGUUUUAUGGGACUCACAGAAGGCAUUACAGACCCCUCAGUUUUCGAAAUGCCUCAGGCUUGUCAAGAUCUUCAGCCAUCGAGGAGAAAAAGAGAAGUAAGAAAUGUGCCAUUCGUUCCUUCUAUCUGACGUGAGAACGACCUGGUUUAUACAUCUUUAGAUAAAUCCUUCUAUCUGACGUCAGAACGACCUGGCUUAAAGAACUUUAGAGAAAUCCUUCUAUCUGAUGUCAGAAGACCUGGCUUAUACAACUUUAGAGAAAUCCUUCUAUCUGAUGUCAGAAUACCUGGCUUAUACAACUUUAGAGAAAUCCUUCUAUCUGACGUCAGAAUGACCUGGCUUAUACAACUUUAGAGAAAUCCUUCUAUCUGAUGUCAGAAGACCUGGCUUAUACAACUUUAGAGAAAUCCUUCUAUCUGACGUCAGAACGACCUGGCUUAUACAACUUUAGAGAAAUCCUUCUAUCUGAUGUCAGACGACCUGGCUUACAUAACUUUAGAGAAAUCCUCACGCUUUUCAAGUGUUUCAAACAAAAUCUCUAACCUUUUCAAGUUUAGCAAAAUGAACACUUCUUACUUGCAAAUAAACACUUUACUAGUUUGUUCAUUUCAAAAUUAAAACUUUACAACUUGG